CCCCUUUCCAUCUGAAACAAACCUGCUUCUGUGAACCCCCCUGCGAGCCCAACAUACAAGAUACAUCAACAGUGCCAGCCUUCUUCUUGAACGCAUCAACACGUAGAAUAAAAUAACGAUCCAACCAAAACUUACCGAAUUUGUCCAUUUUUACGGGAAGUGAAAAUGUCGACACCAACGAUACAAGUCUUGGGCGUAUCUGCAGCGGCCGAGUCAGGAAUGAGCGUGGAUGAUAAAAUGCACGCUCGAUCCCGACUGAGGCUGCACGGUCGGAUCAGCGUCUUCAACCAAGACGGCUCUUUUGAUACUGUUCGCAUCCGGUUGCAAGGUGCCAUCCAUACCAGGAUUGGCUCACAGGCAGCGGUUGAAAGGAUGCCUGCCACGUCCAUUGUCAAAACCAACUUGGACUUCAAACCGGCCUACUCUGCAUCUAGAGAGCGAACCGAAGAACAAUAUCUCGACUUCGUCUGCCCGAUUCCAUCCUCCCGACGAGGUACAUCCGACGAGUUCGUGCCAUCAAUGACGCUCUCUGGCACCACAUAUCUCACCAAAGUGACUGCUCUGACGAAUAGGGAAUUAUUGGAUGGUUCUUGUCAGGUCGUCUACACGCUCGAGGCCGAGUUCUUGCGGUCGCAAACGAACCAGCUGGUGCGGAGGAUCAGUUGCCCCGUCGACGUCUCAUCAGGUCUCACUCCUCUGGAUGUGGAGGUGACCUCCGAAGGCUCCUCAGACCACGUGGAACAGGUUGCAAAGCCUCAGCUGCGGUUGAACAGGUUGCUCGGAUCCCAGUCGCAACCCGAAGUAUCUGUGCACCUGCCGAAGUUGGUCGGUUGCGCCGUCAACGACUUGUCCACCGCUUCCACCGGGUGCCGGCGGCUCACGGUUCCAGUUUCAGUCAAUGUCGCCUUACCAUCGCACAUCCGCCGACAAGCACAAUCACAACUGGAGAAUGACAUGAUUACAUGUUCGGGAACGGCUCGCUGGUUUGCUAAGAGAACAUUCACAACUGGCUCUUCAGCCGUGGAGUCCACGGUUCACAGUGAUCGAGCAUCGACCCAGAAGUUCGCCAUGACAUUACCGCCGCUCUACAAGCUGAGUACCGAAACGUCCAAGUAUACCACGUCAAUGGAGCUGGAGCUUCUUCUGCCGGAAUCGAUCUCGACCCCUUCAAUCUCUACAGAUCUAUUGAAAGUCAGUUACACCCUUGACCUUUCGAUGAGAUUUGAAGCCAGCGGAAACGAUUCACUGAAGGGGCCGUACACGGCAAAUUUCAGUCUCCCGGUGGCACUUCGUGCUGCUCAACCGCAAUCCCUCAUCAGCCGUCGCAGCUUUGAUCCACUUCUAGGACUUGUUGAGGAGCAGUCAAUGUAUGCUCCGCCUCCAUAUGUGUACUGAAUAUGCAGGGAAGAGUUGUUUUGUACGGACUGGACCGCUCCGUCAUGAUUUGAUGAGUGUUGUGAGGCGCAUUGCUUGAAACAAUUAGACCAUGGGGAUCAAAAUAGACAAUUGUAAUAAUAGCUUGACGCUGACAUGCGGAAUAAAUUGAAU